GGUUUAGUUUACUCCGGGUAUUCCGAAACACUGGUAGGACGAAUUCUAGCUCCGGAUACCAAUAUUCUUUGAAAGUGAUGGCGGAUUAAACGUGAAGUAUUUAAAUAGUUUUGAAGGAUGAUGAAUGUUCGUCCGUUUGUUUGUCUGGUAGUGUUUUUAUCCUGUGUGGGCACCUGGGCAAAUAGGACUUUUGCAAAAACUAGCAGAACUCAGAAACAUCCUAAUCUCUACUGGAAUACUACAAAUCCAAUAUUUCGGAUUGACAACACUGAUCAUAUAAUAGAUGUGAACCAGGGAACUCUACCCCAUGAGUAUGAUCAGAUUAAUAUAAUCUGUCCUAGCUACAGCAAACUAGUCCCAGAGCAGGAUACUGAACGGUAUGUGAUCUACAGUGUGGAUAAAGAAGAGUUUGAUACGUGUCGGAUACUAAACCCCCAUCCAAGGAUAUUGGCCAAAUGUGAUGACCCCUACAGAGAAAGAUUUUUUACAAUUUCAUUCCGAUCCUUCUCCCCUAUGCCUGGUAUGCUUGAGUUUAAGGCAGGACAGGACUACUACUUCAUCUCCACCUCCAGUAAGGAGGACAUCUACAGGAGAAUUCACGGAGACUGCAUGAAUCACAACAUGAAGGUCGUCUUUAAGAUUGCAGACAAGACCAAGAAGUUUUACAGCCCAACAACAGCUCGGACCAACAACCGUGUAGACAUCCCAACAACAGCACCAACAACUCUGCAGAUAUUCACGACAGGGUUGGAGGGGAGGAAGGUGAACAGACCCUUGAACUACACCACAUACUUCAUCAACUCUGAGAUCAACAAGGAGAAGGUGAUCGUGCUUAAUGACACACCUGGAGAACACGAAUCCUUGGUCAAGAAGGUUCGAGACAAGAUCAAGCAGGAGGCAUCUACCAAGAUCUCCAACUCCUCAUGUUCACACAAGAUCGGGAUCUUUGCCCUUAUUCUUCUUGUGUCUAUUUCUUGAAGAGUUAGGAAAAUAUUAGUUGUAGGAGAAAACACGAUAAUGCUUCUCUAGUAUUACACAGAGAAACAAGACAAAGGCGGGUUCUAAAGAAAAGGGAAAGGACGACCAUCGAACAUAAAAAUUUAUUCUUAACUCAGGGAUUCACGGGCACGUUAAAUGGUUAAAAUUCAUUCUUUUUUGUAUUUUGUAAAACUUGAACCCAGACAGGAGAGGUGUAAUGUGCCUUGCUCCCUCCCCUGCCCUUUCCCCCCAAACCCAUCCCUCCUCCUUCCCCUGUCCCUUCCCCCCCCUACCCCAUCCCUACCCCCUCCUACAUCAAAAAUAAAUGCCUUAAAAUUAAAGAUUACUCAAAUUGUCUUUCCGAGAAGAAAAAAAUUCCAUAAAUUUACAAUAAUUUUACAGAAGCUAAAUUAAACUGAAGAUUUUGCAUUCAUCAUUGCAUUCGUUCAAGAAGAUUGAGAUUAUUCAAUUUCAUUUCCAAUUGUGUAAUUGUAAAGAAAUUCAAUCAUUUUCCUAAAUUUUACAUAAAUAUAUUUAUCACUGAAAGUAUACAAAAUGGUUAAAAGAAUAAAUAAGUUUAAUUUACCUAAAAAAAACAUUUUAAGGUGAAUUUUUGUGAAAUUUCUAAUCCUUGUUUCUUUAUCAAUGGUUUCAAAACACAAAAAAGGGCCGAAUGUUUUUAUAUGAGUCAUUACUCCCUUGGCGGCCUUAUGUAAAAAUAUUAUGGAUAAUUGUCCAUUAUAUUAUAUUUCUAUAUUGUUGUGAUACAAUUGUAUAAAAAUCAAUUUUCUUAUUGUGACAGAAAAAAGAAAAUUGUGGCUGUUUUCUGUAAAAACUAUUAUUGGUGUCAAAACAAAGGAAAAAUAACAAAACAAUUAAGCAUUAUUUUUCUGAAAACCUGGGUGGCUUACCUCACAUCCACAAGUAUAUUAAAAUAAAGAUAAAAAUAAUAAACCAAAAAAAAAAUAACGAACAAAUUUUAAAAAUUUACAUAAAAUUUCAUAUUCCUAAUUGUACAACAACGGAAUAGUCAAAAUGAUUAAGAUUAAUCAACGAAAAUAAUAGUUUAUUUUAGAAUAAUUAGCAACUAACAAAACCAACUUUUGUUAACAUAAAUUUCAUUAUAUCUUUUUUUAACAUUUUGUUUUAAAAAAAAUCCCUUAUUCAUGUUUUUUUAAUAAAAGUGUAAAUCUGUCUUAAUCUUAAUAUUGUCUGUGAUUCAUCAGCAUUUGAUCAAUUAAUAUAAUUAGUCAUAUAAAUAUUGAUAGUAAUAAUAAUUAACAAUAAACUCUUAAUUGAUCAAAGUUACCAGAAUCUUAAUGUUAAAUAUAAUAUUUAAUAAUUAUCGAAACAAUUGGUGUCAUUAUGUAGUUAUUGAUAUAUUUUCAAAAUAUUUUAUACAAUAAAAAUUAGACGUA